AUGAACCUCCAAGCAAGCAACCCGUCCGACGUGCCAGUGACUACAACAGGCCCAGUAAACGAUGCGAGUAGAAAUCUUGCAUAAACACCCAGCCGUUUAUCAGUAUUAAUCACUUUCGCGUCAGGAUGAUUAUAGAAAAUGUUGACGCUUUGAAAUCCUGGCUGGCUAAACUUCUUGAGCCCAUAUGUGAUGCUGACCCAUCUGCACUGGCAAACUAUGUUGUGGCUUUAGUAAAGAAGGACAAACCAGAGAAAGAACUGAGAGCAUUGUGCGCAGAUCAGUUGGAUGUUUUCCUCCAGAAAGAGACUACAGGGUUUGUGGAUAAACUCUUUGAAUGUCUGACCACCAAACAUUUUUUGGGAAAUCCACCUGCUAAAGAGGAGAGCAAAACCCUUUUAGUGCAGAAGAUCGAGGUGAAGGAAGAGGCUAGUCCUAUUGCAGAUGAUCGAGAUAACAGAAGAAGAAGAAGCCCAUUAAGGAAUCGUUCAGACUUCAACGAAUCAAGGGUUAGAGAUGACCGCAGGAGAGAUGAUCGUAAGUGGCGGGAAUUGGACCGUCAUGGGAAGAGCGGAGAAUUGUAUCGGGAGCGACACGAGCGGCGUUGCGGGAGCUUACGGGGGAGGAGCUACAGUCGCAGCAGGAGUCGCAGUCGCAGCAGCAGCCGUGGAAAGAGUCGAGAGAAAGAACACAAUCAGAGGAGAGAGCACAGAACCAAAUUCGAGCAGGAGCGGAAGGAUGCGGAACCUUACAACCCUUCCUCUGCCCACAUGGGUAACCAACACCACCAGCAGUCUCAUCCACCCCCCCUGCUCCCUCUGCCUUUACCCCAGCAUCAGUUCCCCUCCUCUGGGAGCCCCGCCGUCCCCAAUGCCGUAACCGUGGUAGCACCGGCUCACCUGCCCGACAGCACCUCAGAGAGCUGGUCCACAUACUUCAGCAACCGCACAGACGGCAAGACGUUCAACAAGAAGAGUGUACCCAAACAUCGCUGCAGAGACUACGACGAGAAAGGAUUUUGUAUUCGAGGUGACCUGUGUCCCUUCGACCACGGUAAUGACCCUCUGAUCGUGGAUGACGUCACCCUUCCUACUAUGAUACCAUUUCCACCCCCACCCAGCUUGCCACGGAUGCCCAUGCCGCCCAUGACUGAACCUCCUCCGCGCAUGCGCAUGCCCCCGCCCCCUCACGGGCAGCCUCCACCUCCGGGCAUCUACCCCAUGCCAGGACCUCCUCUGAUCCCAGCCACUGGGAUAGACACUCCUCACUCCAGAACCAGCACCUCCUCUCCUUUGGCCCUGCCUGGAGCGGGACCCCCUCCUCCUCCUCCUCCUCCUCCUCCACCACCACCACCUCCUUCCUCUUCUUCCUCUUCUGCCUCUCUUCACCCUCAGUACACUCUCUCUGAAUACAGCUAUGACCCUGAGGCGUAUAACCCAGAAUCUCCAGGGCUGACCGGGCCAGGCAGAGCUCAGUACCGCCAUUUUAUCCCUCGCAUCCAGACACAGAGACCCAACCUCAUCGGCCUCACCUCUGGUGAUGGACAGACAUCCCGAGCAGCUAAUAUCGUGAUCCAGACAGAGCCUGCCAUCACGAGUGUUUUGAGCAGUGAGGUGAGAUACAACUCUGAGCAGGAGAACAGGAAGAGAAGUCUGCCGAUUCCAGAUGCCGGACCACAGGCCAAAAAACCCUGGAUGGACAAGCAAAAUUUCAAUAACCAGCAUAAACCCAUCUUCCCGAAGAAGAACUAUUAUGUAAACACCAAACUAGAGGUCCGAAAAAUCCCCAGAGAGCUCAACAACAUCACCAAACUCAAUGAGCACUUCAGCAAGUUUGGAACAAUAGUCAACAUUCAGGUGGUGUUUGGGGGCGACCCAGAGGCAGCAUUGAUCCAGUAUACAGCCAAUGAGGAGGCACGGAGGGCCAUCUCCAGCACCGAAGCCGUUCUGAACAACCGCUUUAUCAGAGUGUACUGGCACAGAGAGGCCACAACCAACACACGGGAGCAGGGACCCAGUCAGACCACAAACCCUGUCCAACAACACCCUACUACACACAAGGUUAUUAAUAAGCAGCAGCACAGUGCUGGAUCUUACGUGCUAAACAAAACCUUUACUAAACACCAGACAACCACAGGAACUGUGGCCAGUGCUGAACCUGUCAGCCCCAGCCAAGAGCCCUCAGUGGGCUUGAUGCCACCUUCAAAUCUACAGAAGGGUCCAUUCUCACGCACGGUGUUGAAAACCGCAUCAAAGUCAUUGGGAAAGACUGCCAAAGCGCUGGAAGCCCAGGAGGUGCUGAAAAAGAAGCAUGAGGCAUUGAAACUGCAGCAGGACAUGAGGAAAAAGAAACAAGAAAUGCUGGAAAAACAGAUCGAAUGUCAGAAGGCACUGAUAAACCGACUGGAGAAGAACAGAGGGAUGAAACCAGAAGAGAGAGCAAACAUCAUGAAGACUUUGAAAGAACUGACUGAACGGAUCUCUCAACUGAAGAAUGAGAUGAGCCCAGCUUCACAAGCUCCUGUCAACACAACACAAACAAAAUCCAAAACAGAUGUAAGCAGGGCACAGAAAGAGUUGCUGGAUGCAGAGUUGGACUUUCACAAGAAGCUCACGUCAGGAGAGGACCCCACAGACCUGAAAAGGAGGCUGGGUCAGCUGCAGAUGGAGGCAACACGGCUGGGACUCAUAUCAGCUGGGCGUGGCAAGCCGCCGACAGCCCCAACCCGAGGCAGAGGGAGGGGCCGAGGGCGUAGCCUCAGAGGGCGUGGAGGAGCCAAUCACAUGGUGGUGGACCACCGGACACGAGCCCUCACCAUUAUUGGCUUUACACAAGAAGAGAAGGAAGAGCUCAUGCCACAUUUCAUGAAAUUUGGCGAGAUUGAGGAGCUUCGUGACCAUGAUGCAACCAGUGUCGUGAUGACCUUCAAAACCCGCGGUGAAGCUGAGAACGCCGCAAACCAAGGAGCGAAGUUCAAAGGUCGAACUCUACAGAUCUCAUGGUACAAUCCUAAAACUCCAUCCGUAUCCACUGAACCAGUAGAGGAGUCAAAGGAAGAGGUCAACGCUGCAGGAUUACAUGAGCCAGUCAGCCCCUUCCUGCUUCCAGAGGAAGAGGAAGAAGAUGAUGACGAAGAGGAUGAAUAUGAGAGUCGCUCUUGGAGGCGAUGAGGAAGGGGAAACAACGUCACUCUUCUGUUCUUUUGAGAAGGGACUCUCAUUUUUAGUUUUUGAAAAGGCUAAUUUUAGUACAAAUAGGCCUUUGUUUUUCAAGACUGUUUUCAGUAUUUCAAAGGCUUACGGUCUGAGCAACAGCAUUUUCCUUUUAAGGAAAAAUAUGAGAAUGUGAGACAUAUAUAUAUAUAUCUCAAACUCUCACUUUUGCUGAGAUCGAAAUCAAAAUGUUUCAACUAGGAAACAUUUUGUUUUUCACUGUGCAUGACCAGAUAUCAGUAACUCGCAACAUUUGUGACUACUGUGAAUUUUGUUUUUGAAAUACCUUAUGUUUUUUUCCCUCACCCAGUGUGUUAGAUGUCCAACAUAUGGUUUAAUGUGAAAAUUCAUCUGCACUUUGUGCCACUUUGGCCUACACCCUCAUUUCUCAGUUUCUCAAUGGACACGCAUGUUUGACAUCGUUUCCAUUCAAAACACAAGUCAAACCCUUUCAAAACACUUUUUGUAUCUGCCCUCUAAACUUUAGGCAAUCCCUGAGUGGAUUAUUAUUUUUCUUCUUAUCAAGAUUAAUGUGCCACUGUCUGUAAAUAUGAACUCUAGAGAAUAUAAAUGUGGCACGCUUCACUUUG